AUGGAAGAUGACCUUUAUGGAUUCUUAAAUGACUUCCCCUUUUGUGAAAAUAAAAUACAAGAGAUUCAUAAUAUUGCUGAUAGAAAAAUAUAUCAUACUUUUUGCUUUAGAAUUGCGAAAAAAUUUAAUUUUAAUGAUGAAGUUAAAACCAAUUUUAUUAAUGAUAUGUGCCCACAAGCUCUUUCAUAUUUGUUUGAUAUAAACAUUAAGGGCGGAUAUAGCAAAUAUAAGAAAGCAGGGUGUAGAUUCUUUCAUUAUUGGUUAUAUUAUCUUCUUAAGAAAUACAAUUAUUGUAAUUAUACAAAUGAUAUUUACAAUGAUAUGUUGUCGUAUCAUCCCACCGCACUAGGUACACCAACAUUUUGUACUGAUUAUAGUAAAAAAGCAACAUAUGAAGAAUUAGAAGAUCUUAGAGCUAUAUAUAAUUCCUAUAAAUGCUUAAAAAAAAUAAAUAAAGUUAAUGUAUCGGAUAAUUACACAAAAUAUUGCGAUUCCUUAAUAAAAAUUAUAGAUGAAAAUCAAAAACCAGUGGUACAUAAAGUUUUUCCGCAAGCUAAUUCACAAAUAUCAUCCCCUGAAGAAAAUAAUACACAAGAAAUACCACGCUCUUCUCGAUCUAAUAUUUAUACUCCGUAUGGUUCUUUAUUACGCCAUAAAAUAAAAAGGAUAAGAAUAAAGCUUGAUAAUAUUACUAAUACAAGAAAUGUACUGAAACCAACCGAAGUACCCAUAAACAUUCUCAACAGUAGUAUGUAUGAUAUGCUAUACAAUUAA